AUGGCCCCCCCAGCUCAGCAGCCUGUAUCCUCCCCCAACGAGCCCCAGCCCUAUGUCCACAACGGUUGGCGCCAGGUCGUCCACGGCCAGUGGACUAGAGAAACCACUGGCGGCGAAACUGGCAUCUCCUACAACCAGAACGUACGCGAUGGGCAUACCGAACUGACCACAAGCCUCACAUUCAGCACCAGUUUGUCCACCACGGAGCUCAUCCAGCGCGUCCGCAAUGCCUGGCUUGUCUGCCAUGCAUCCCACCCCGAGGUUGCCAUCCAACUGUCCACGGGGACAGAGAUCCCCCAGAUCAUGACCUUCGAUACUUUGCAGUCUGAAGCGGACGCCGAAGCCUGGCUGCAGGAGACUCUCCACGUCGUCGCCGACCAGCAGGCUCCCGACGUUGCUCGCAUGACAUACAGCCGCCGUCUACCGACCAAGGGCAAGCGCAGCAUGCUGUAUCUCGUUACUGCUGGCGCUGCCUACCCAGAGUACCCUAACAGACAUUGCUUCGUGUGGAACUUUGGGCAUACCAUGGCGGACGCCUACAGCGUGGUCCUCUUCAACAACUACCUCCUGCGGACCCUCACCCAGGUCCCUGGCGACCGAAAUCUGGCUGUCAGCGAGCUAGACUACUCGGGUCUGGCUUCACGCUUGCCUGUCACCCCAAUUACGCCAUACGAGCAGGAGCACCAGCCCACCAGAGAGCAGAGGGAGGAGGCUAUUGCAGGCGCAAUUGCCCAAGCCGAGCUCUACUCUUCAAAGAUGGACAAGUCGAUAGCAAUGUACCCCGAACCGGACGCUGCCUCGCGUGCCCACGGCACCUACUGCAUCAGACUUCAAUACGAGGUCGCCGAAUCCAAAGCCCUCCUCGCAGCCCUUCAAGAACAAAAACUCAGCAUCACAUUCGCCGCCGCAGCGGCCACAGUGCUCGCCAUAAAGCAGACGUACGGUAAGGGCCAUGAAACAGGGGCCUUGCUCGGAAUGACGCGCAACGCGCGCCGCUGGGUGAAGACUGAGCUCCGCGAAGGGGGCGGACAUCGCGUUCCCUGCGCCUCGGACGUCGUCUUCCUCUGGAUCCCCUUUAAAAAGGAGUACUUUACCGGUUCUAUCAGAGAUACUAUCUUGCACUUGGGCCGUGCGAUCCGCAGCGAGUUGGGUCCGCACUUGACGUCGCCGCAUUACAUGGCCAGUCUCUCCUUCACCGCGGACCGGUUCAUCUCUGGUCUCGCGGCAGAGGGAGAGCCUGUGCCUGCGCCCCAGGCCCCUGGAUUCUCGCCGCAGGGUGCUGUGCCGUUGAGCAGGGAGUUCUCGUCUCAGACGGCCACGGUCCAGGUCCAUGAUAUGCUGCAUUCGGGACGCCAGAUUAACCCGUCCGCCUGGGUUGGCAUGUUCUCUCUUUGGGAGAGGAUUUCGCUGUCUAUGGGCUUUGAUAUGAAGUACUACGAUCCUCGCUCGAUGGAGGAAUUUAUGGCGCUCGUAAAGAGCAACUUGGGGAGUGUCAUUCCUGGACGGUUUGUCGGGGGUGUUUCGUCACGCCUAUAA